AUGAGCGGAACGGCGCCAGAUGGGCUGCCCAAAGGCAAUCGAGUAUGGGCGGAUGGAUGCUACGACAUGGUCCACUUUGGCCAUGCGAACCAACUGCGCCAAGCCAAACAAUUCGGACAAAAACUCGUCGUUGGCGUUCAUAAUGACGAGGAGAUCCGCCUCCACAAAGGACCGCCGGUGUUCAAUGAGGAAGAGAGAUACCGUAUGGUCGCUGACACGCUGGAUAAGUAUCAAUGCGAUUUUUGUAUUCAUGGAGACGACAUCACCCUGACCGCCGACGGCAAAGACACGUAUCAAGAAGUGAAGGAUAACGGGCGGUACAGAGAGUGCAAACGGACAUGUGGGGUCUCAACGACGGACCUCGUGGGCCGAAUGCUCUUGCUCACUAAAAACCAUCAUACCCAGGAUGAGCACAUUGAGCAACACGUCGAACGAGCACGUUCGUUGAGUACGGACAACGUGGCGAUGUCUCCAUGGACCCGCGUCUCCAGAUUCAUUCCAACGACGACGACAAUUCUGGAAUUCGCUGAAGGCCGACCACCGAAGCCGACGGACAAGGUGGUCUACGUCACUGGAUCCUUUGAUUUGUUCCAUAUUGGACAUUUGGCCUUUUUGGAGAAGGCCAAGGAGUUUGGAGAUUAUUUGAUCGUGGGCAUUUUGUCGGAUCAGACCGUCAACCAGUACAAAGGAAGCAAUCACCCGAUCAUGUCGAUACACGAACGAGUGCUGUCGGUUUUGGCUUAUAAGCCAGUCAACGAGGUUGUGUUCGGCGCCCCUUAUGAGAUCACCUCGGACAUUUUGGAUCAGUUUAAUGUGAAGGCCGUCAUCAAUGGCUUCCGUGAUCGUGACUCCUCCGUUGUCAACUGCCCCUUGUCAUCCAUCGAUCCGUUCGCCGAAGCCAAGAAGCGUGGCAUCUACCAUGAGGUGGAUUCUGGAUCCGACAUGACCACUGAUUUGAUUAUCGAUCGAAUCAUAAACCAUCGUCUAGAAUACGAGACGCGCAAUCGGAAGAAGGAGAAGAAGGAGGCCGACGUGGCGAAGGCGUUGAACUUGAUCAAAGUUGAAUGA